CGGGGCCGGAGCGGGGCCGGGGCCGGAGCGGGAGCCCCGGGGCCGGAGCGGGGCCGGGGCCGCUCCCCCGCCAUGUCCAAGCUGCUGCCGGCGCAGGAGGCGGCCCGGAUCUACCACACCAACUAUGUGCGGAAUGCGCGGGCCAUGGGGGUGCUCUGGGCCCUCUUCACGCUCUGCUUCUCCAUCCUGAUGGUGGUGACCUUCAUCCAGCCCUACUGGAUCGGCGACAGCAUCGACACGCCGCAGGCCGGCUACUUCGGCCUCUUCUCCUACUGCAUCGGCAACGCGCUCACCGGUGAGCUCAUCUGCAAGGGCAGCCCCCUGGACUUCGGCACCAUCCCCUCCAGUGCCUUCAAAACUGCCAUGUUCUUCGUAGGCAUCUCCACCUUCCUCAUCAUCGGCACCAUCCUCUGCUUCAGCCUCUUCUUCUUCUGCAACGCAGCCACCGUGUACAAAGUCUGUGCCUGGAUGCAGCUGGCAGCGGCUACAGGGCUGAUGAUUGGCUGCCUGAUCUACCCUGAUGGCUGGGACUCGAGCGAGGUGAAGAGAAUGUGUGGGGACAAAACUGACAAAUACACGCUGGGCGCCUGCACCGUGCGCUGGGCUUACAUCCUGUGCAUCAUCGGCAUCCUGGACGCCCUCAUCCUCUCCUUCCUGGCCUUCGUGCUGGGCAACCGGCAGGACAACCUCCUCCCCUCGGAUUUCAAAGUGGAGAGUAAAGAAGAGGAAAAUGACUGACAGAGCUGAUCACCAUGGACAUCCAGAGCUCUUCUUCCAUCAGCCCUUUUCUUUGAAGUGACUCUUCUAGGAAGCUUAAACUUACCAAAUUCUGUGGAUUUUCUACAGCUGUUUUCUUCACCCAUGGGGCUGCUCUUGGCUCACAGCUCUUGUGGAGCUUAUUUGGUGCAAAGAGCCCAAAAUGGACAUAAGAGUUUUUCUGAGCCCAUCAGCAAGAGGGACAAGAGGGCAAGGAUGGAAUCUUGCUGCUUUUUGGGGGUUUGUACAUCUUCUUUCAAGGAAAUUAAUUAUGAAUUAAAAAAACAAAAAACAAAAACAUCACCAAAA